CGACCCGGCAAUUUCUCUUCCCUAGCUUUCCUAUCUAUGGAGGGACGGCGGUAUUAGGAGUUCCAAUUUUAACAUGUUACGGUAGAAGGGAAGCAAGAUGAAUUGCCUUUGGCCAGCAGCUUCACGAAUUUCGGGUAUACAACCUCGAACCAUCUUCCAAUCAUGUCGGAAGAUCGAUAGCCUCGCCGGAAGGCUCGCAAGUCGAUCUGUUCGUCCCUAUUCCAUAUCUGUAUCACCAUCUAGACGGAGAGAGGUUGAGGGUUGGAGGAAGGAACAGCUUGGCAGAAUACACAAUGCAUCGAGUUCGGCGCCGCGGUUUUGGAUUGGAAUCAGAACAUUCGCAUCCGGACGAGCAGGCAUAAUUACGGACUUUGAGGAUUUACCGAAAGACUACAGUGAUGAAAAGGGUUUGAAAUUUAGGGACAAGCCGUUCACGGCAAAAGACACGCUUGAAGUCUUCGGGAAAGGCAUAGAUGCCAACUCAGCCAACCGACUUCUCAGAGUUCUACAUGGCCGUCGGGUAGCAGGAACAUUGGAGGAUCCAGAUACACCGAGUAUCCUGAGUACCUGGGAAAUACGAGCACAGAAAAUUGGCCUGGCCUGGUUACGGGAACAUGUGCCCGUGGAUGAAGUCCGGAACUAUGGUCUCAGGGCGGAGAAGGAGUUGCAAGAGAUGGAGGCGGAGAUUAUUGCAGAUAGUGAGAGGAUAGGGAUCUAUAAGCCAAAUCCGGGAGAAGUACUCGAGCCCAAUUCACAAAAGCCGAAGAAGGGCCAUAGCGUGUAUGGUGAAAGUGGUCUCGAUGCUAUAAGGAAACAGAAACAGAAGGAGGAGGAUGAGAGAGAGGCCGCAGAAGAAGCAGCACGCAAGGCCCAGGCGGAGGAGAUUCGUCACAAUACUGGUACUCUCGAACCGAUUAGUGCGAGCAGGAGAGUCGAGCUCCGGAGACCGGGCGAGAACAAAUGGCUCCAGUACUAUAUCGAACGCUCAAAGAUCCUGCCCAACACCCCUCCGGAAAUGACCUGGUUUCAACGACUCUGGCCUUCGGCUCUCGUCCUCUGUGGCGUCUUGGCCUUCAGUUUCAUCUUCCCACUUGUCUACACACCACCGAAGAACUCUCAAAGAAUGUUCCCUGAUAUUCCUCCCGCGGCUGCAACAGUCCUUGGUCUUAUAUCGAUAAAUGCCUUCGUCUUCCUUCUGUGGAGAUUCCCACCGGCCUUCAGAAUGCUCAACAAAUACUUUAUUACCGUCCCAGGAUACCCGCAGGCUUUGAGUUUGAUCGGCAAUGUCUUCUCCCACCAAGCGCUUUCCCAUUUGACCGUCAACAUGCUCGUUCUUUACUUCGUCGGUUCGCGCCUGGAUGAUCAAGUCGGCCGCGCGAACUUCCUCUCAAUCUAUCUAGCGUGUGGUGCCAUUGGAAGCUUUGCAUCCCUAACCUCGUACGUCGUCCGAAGUAAUUUCGUGACGUCCUCUCUCGGUGCAUCAGGAGCACUCUCCGGCAUCAUCGCCGCCUACCUCUGGCUGAACAAAGACCAACCUACCAGCUUUUUCGGUCUAGAUCUAUCUGGCUGGGCUCCUCCGUUAUGGGUGCCCCUCGUCCUUAUCAUAGGACUUGACGUCUUUGCUCUUACAAAGUGGAACAAAGCACCAAUUACCCUGGAUCACUGGGCACAUCUGGGUGGCUACGCAUCGGGGAUUGGCGCUGCAGAAUUGCUGAAGUAUCGACAGAGGCAGAGGAGGGAGGCAGAAUUGGAGCGCAGGAGGAAUUUGGGGGUUGUUGAUAGGAUUAAGGAAGGAAGACUGUAGGAUAUUCUGUACAUUAGCUGUAAAAACAACAGACCCCUCUAAUAUGGCGUUUUUAUACUGUUUCUAAAUAGGUUGGUAUGUUCAAGGUAGCAUAUGGGAUGGACAUGUCAUACAGAAAUCUUAGAUAUUUGGAUGCUAGAUUUUCCU